UUUUUUUUUGCAGGAAGAGAGCGUGUUCUCUCUCUGUAUCUGUGUGUCUCUUUAUCUCUCUUUCUCUGUCCAUCAUGCCGAGCGCCGCCGAGUUUUCUCUGCGCGAAACUUGACGCGGAGGGGGGGGGCUUUUCGUGCAAAAAGACUACAACAAAAAACAACAACUAAAAGAGAGACACAGCGUUGUGCGCUGCGUGCAGGCGGCGGCGCGCACCUUCACCCCCCCAAACACACACAUACACAGGAAUACACACACAGCACCAGCAGCAGCAGCGAGCAGCACCGACACAGUACCGACACCGAGAGUGCAUGCAGAUCGCGGCUCGUGCACCUCUGUUUGCAAGGGCGAGCGCUUUCUCGCGGCGAGGGGGAGGAAUGGAGGGAGGGAGCGAGAACCAAGGCAAAGUCUUUCGCGCCUCCCCUCCCCCGCAGCAGAGCAAAGGGGAAAUGUCCGUGUCCAGAGGAGGUAAGAAGAAGCCGGUGCUCAAGCUCUCUAAGGAGGCGUUUGAGCAGCCCCCUCCUGCUGCUACACCCCCAAGAGACCUGGACUCUAAAGCCUGCGUUACUAUUGGAGAGAAGAAUUUUGAGGUGAAGGCAGAUGAUCUUGAGCUGAUUGAGGAACUGGGCAGAGGGGCAUAUGGCGUGGUGGACAAGAUGAAGCAUGUGCCCAGCGGCGUGAUCAUGGCUGUCAAGAGAAUCCGGGCAACAGUGAACACUCAGGAGCAGAAGCGGCUGCUGAUGGACCUGGAUAUUUCAAUGAGAACAGUGGACUGCUUCUACACCGUGACUUUCUACGGGGCGCUGUUUAGAGAGGGUGACGUGUGGAUCUGUAUGGAGCUGAUGGACACGUCAUUGGAUAAGUUUUAUAAGCAAGUUCAGGAGAAGGGUAUGACCAUCCCAGAGGACAUCCUGGGCAAGAUGGCAGUUUCAAUUGUGAAAGCUUUGGAGCACCUGCACAGCAGACUGUCCGUGAUUCACCGAGAUGUGAAACCCUCCAAUGUUCUGAUCAACAUGCAGGGCCAGGUGAAGAUGUGUGACUUUGGUAUCAGCGGCUAUCUGGUGGACUCGGUGGCUAAAACGAUGGAUGCUGGCUGCAAACCCUACAUGGCGCCGGAGCGGAUAAACCCGGAGACCAAUCAGAAAGGCUACAACGUCAAGUCUGAUAUCUGGAGUUUAGGAAUCACCAUGAUCGAGCUGGCGAUCCUGCGCUUUCCGUAUGAUUCUUGGGGGACACCAUUCCAGCAGCUGAAGCAGGUGGUGGAAGAGCCAUCACCACAGCUCCCUGCUGACCGCUUUUCACCAGAGUUUGUGGACUUCACAUCACAAUGUUUAAAGAAGAAUUCCAAAGAGCGGCCAAACUACACAGAACUCAUGCAACACCCCUUUUUCACCUGCCACGACUCCAAAGAGACAGACGUUGCUAGCUUUGUGAAGAUCAUCCUCGGCGACUGAACACGCCUCCUCACGGUGAAACUGACCUGCCGCCGGCGAGGAAAAGCGGGACUAUUCCACAAAAAAAAAAAUAAAAUAAAGCACCAAUCGCAAGACUGACACCUGUAAGACACGCCCACCUCAGCCAACAGUGCAGAGGGACUCGGUAGAGGCCGGGGGGUGGAGACUGAAACUAAAGGGGGGCUACGGGCGUUUCCUAGCAACACACAGGAGUUGGGCAGGGGACAGGGGCGUGUGUGUGUAUAUGUGAGUGUGUGCCGUGUGUGUGUGUGUGUGUGUGUGUGUGUGUGUGUGUGUGUGUGUGUGUGUGUGUGUUAAAGGAGGGUGUAACAGUCCCAGGUUGAAUUUUCCUACAUGAGAUCUCACAACCUUUAUUUAAACAUGCCAGUCCUCUCAGUCCAAUGCCAGUUUCGACAUCAGCUGAUUUUUAAUAAAGAUGUCUGUUGAAGUCCCUUACUUUAGUCAUUUACCUUGUCAACACAACACAAGAACCAGGCAAAAAAAGCAAAAAAAAAAAAAAA